GAUGUUUAGUUCGUAGAAAUCCGUUGAUAAAUUAAAUGCUCGAUCAACAACGUGUAUUGCUAGUUAAGCAGCUAGCUAGCUAGCUCGCUCGUUGAUUCUCUACGUUCUCACUCUCAAUCUAGAAAUACGAUUUUACUAUAUAACGAGAAAGGUGGAGAAAAAGAGACAGAGAGAAAGAGAGAGAGAGAGAGAGAGAGAGAGAGAGAGAGAGAGAGAGAGAGAGAGAGAAAAGAAAGAGAGCAUCCGUGUCGCCGCCGUAGCGGAAAAACAAGUAGCGCGGGAUCGAGCAUCGUGUGUUUGUAGGGUCAUCGGUUAAUCAGAUUCAGGGAGGCCUUAGAAGGUAACGCGCGAGAGAAAAAGUACCAAGUGAAACGUCAAUCUACGACCAGUCUACAACGAUCGAGUAUUAACCUAUCUCUUCUUCUUCUUCUACUACUUUUUAUUUUUUUUAUUUUCUAUAUUCGAUAUAGGAGAUAUAGAUUUUCUACGAUUAUUUAUUUAUAUAUUUUACAUUUCUUUUACUUUCUUUUUUAUUUUUCUUUUUUCUUUUUGAAAAAACUUCAUUUUCAUUUUUAAGUAUAUGCGCGCGACGCGUAACGAGUUACCGCGGUACAUCUUUCAAAGAUCAACGUAGUACAAAAGAGAGAGAGAAAGAGAGAGAGAGAGAAAGAGAGAGAGAGAGAGCGCGCACGCUAUUCGACUGAAUCUCGUUUAUAUUCUUACGUGCCGAAACCAAAAACGACAGGGAGAAAGAUAGAGAGUGGGAGUAAGAAGGGGUGAGAGAGAGAGAGACGCAUAAAGGAUGAAUCACCAGGAACAAGCUCAUGAUGCUAAACAGCAAAUCGCUACGAGUCCCGAGGACACGGAGGAUAUGCCUGCCGGUCAACAAGGACCACAAGUACCAAGACGUCGUGGUGGUAUCUCGGCAGAGCCGGUAUCAGAAGAAGAUGCUACUAGCUAUGUUAAAAAAGUCGUACCGAAGGAUUACAAAACAAUGGCUGCUUUGAGCAAAGCUAUCGCUAAGAAUGUUCUCUUUGCUCAUCUCGAUGAAAAUGAACGAUCUGAUAUAUUCGACGCUAUGUUUCCCGUUACCUUUUUACCUGGAGAAGCGAUAAUACGUCAAGGUGACGAAGGUGACAACUUUUACGUAAUUGACCAAGGCGAAGUAGAGAUAUUCGUUAAUGGUGAAUUAGUAACGACGAUUGGAGAAGGUGGAAGUUUUGGUGAACUUGCAUUAAUCUAUGGGACUCCACGUGCCGCUACAGUUAGAGCAAAAACUGACGUUAAAUUAUGGGGUAUAGAUAGGGAUUCCUAUCGUCGUAUUUUAAUGGGUUCGACGAUAAGAAAACGAAAAAUGUAUGAGGAAUUUCUUUCUAGAGUCUCGAUCUUAGAAUCUUUAGACAAAUGGGAAAGACUCACAGUGGCCGAUGCCUUAGAACCAGUUGCGUUUGAUGACGGAGAAAUGAUAGUAAGACAGGGUGAACCUGGUGAAGAUUUUUAUAUCAUUGUUGAAGGAACUGCUGUAGUCUUACAACAACGCUCGGAAGGAGCGGAACCCCCUGAACCUGCAGAAGUAGGUCGUCUGGGUCCGUCCGAUUAUUUUGGGGAAAUAGCAUUAUUACUGGAUCGACCAAGAGCAGCAACAGUCGUAGCUAGGGGUCCCUUAAAAUGCGUCAAAUUAGACAGAGCCAGAUUUGAACGUGUCUUAGGGCCGUGUGCUGACAUUUUGAAACGCAACAUUACUCAGUAUAACAACACUAUGCUUCAACAACAACAACAACAACAACAACAACAACAAACAUAAUGUUGACAUUUUUUCUAUUUCGUUAAUGCUUCAUUUGUUAAAAUGCAUAAUAUAUGUCGAGUAUUAUUAAUAUACAUAAAUAUUGUAUAUCAUUAGGAAAGGAAAAACAACAAAAAGAAAAAAAACCUUAAUAUAUAAGAUUAUUAUAACGCACUAUAUAUUAGUUAGCGACUCAUCAACGCGUAAUCAUCUGGUUAUCUCAUGUAAACUGUGUUCCUACAAAGUGCUCAUGUUUUUUUUUAACUGUUGUCAAAAAAUUUCUAUAUUACUGUUUAUUGUUUUCAUUUGAAAAUUUGUAUUCUAUGAUAAGCAUACGUUAUAUUUAUACGUACGUCUCCAUACAGUAUUAUUACUUUUGUAAUAUCAUAAAUCUUGAUGGAUAAUGGUUUGUAACAAUGUCGCUGGUCGACAGUGGUAAAAAUGUUAUAGUAUUCAAAUGAGUAUAUAGAAUUUGUCAAUGGUGUGUGUUAAAUGAUAGAUAAUUUCAACAUAUUCUUUUUCGACUUAAAUAUUCUUCAUUGCACUGCAUUAAUAUAAUAUUUCCAUAAAUAUAUGAAGACAUAUAAAUAUAUCGAUUUAUUAUUUAUUAUAACAGGAUUGAUGAGUGAUUAAACGAGUCGCGAUCUAUGAUUGAAAGUGCGUUUAUUAGAUUUGAUUUAUCAAUAACACAAAAUGUUCGGAAAAUUAAAUAAUUUAUUAUGCACAACAUUA